GCAAGAAAAUGCUGUACCGGUCGUUUUGAAACUCUCGCUCUGUCUCUCUCUCUUCAGUUUCAAAUUUUAGAGCGUUUCGUUUUUCUCAAGUUUCUUCCGAGCUGGAAUUACAGUUCAAAUCUUGGAAUUUUUUGGCAAGCGUGAGCUAAGCUUACCAGGGAAGAUUGAAAGUGAAAGCAAAGGAAAUUUCCUGAUUUUAUAAUUUUGAGCAGAAGAUGGAGAAUGCAUUUCUGACCAUAUAGCUGUCAAGGAACGUCAGAUUGAAAAUUUAAAGAGGAUGACAAAGAAAAAGCACCAUUUCCGUGAAUCAUUAAAAUCCUUCAUUGGAACUCACAUUGAUCCGGAGAAAGAUGAACAGCUAAAAGAAACUAAAACAGAAAUUGAUGACAAGGUAAAAAGGAUCUUGAAGCUUAUCAAAGAGGAAGAUCUUGAAGAACAAGAUGGCCUCUCAGUGGAAAACUCCAAAAAGGAGCCUCUUCUUGAGCUAAUUGAGGAUGUCCAGAAACAGUACCAUUUGCUAUAUGGACAAUAUGAUCAUCUGAAGGGAGAGCUGAGAGAGAAAGUUAAUGGCAAACAUGGAAAAGAUACCUCAUCUUCAUCUAGCUCCGACUCAGAAUCUGAUGAUUCUUCUAAGCACAGAGGCAGUAAAAAUGGUCAUUUUGAAAGUGAAAAGAUAACAGAUGGCAUAAAGCAAGAACUUGAAGCGGCGAAUCUAGACGUUGCUGAACUGAGGAGUAAGUUGAGAGCUACAAGUGAGGAAAGGGAUGCUUUAAAGUGGGAACAUCAAACAGCUUUGAACAAGAUACAAGAAGCAGAAGAAAUCAUCAGAAAUUUGAGGCUUGAAGUUGAACGAUCAGGUGCUGGCAAAGCACAACUUUUGAUUGAGAAUGGAGAACUGAAGCAAAAACUAGAUUCUGCUGGCGUGAUAAAAGCAGAACUGAAUCAAAGACUGGAGGAAUGGAACAAAGAGAAAGAGAGCCUGAUUUUGGAGAAAGAGGCUGCCAUGAGAAGCGUUGAAGAGAGUGAGAAGAUCAGAGAAGCUUUGAAGUUAGAAUAUGAGACAGCUUUGAUCAAGAUUCAAGAAGAAGAGGAGGUCAUCAGAAAUUGGAAGCUUGCAGCUGAAAGCUCAGACACUGACAAAACCCGACUUUUGGCUGAGAAUGGGGAACUGAAGCAAAAACUAGAAGCUGCUGGCGUGAUAGAAGCAGAACUGAAUCAAAGACUGGAGGAACUGAACAAAGAGAAAGAUGGCGUGAUUUUGGAGAAAGAGGCUGCCAUGAGAAGCAUUGAAGAGAGCGAGAAGAUCAGAGAAGCUUUGAAGUUGGAAUAUGAGACAGCUUUGAUCAAGAUUCAAGAAGAAGAGGAGGUCAUCAGAAAUUUGAAGCUCAAAGUUGAAAGCUCAGACGCUAGUAAAGCACGACUUUUGGCUGAGAAUGGAGAACUGAAGCAAAAACUAGAUUCUGCUGGCGUGAUAGAAGCAGAACUGAAUCAAAGACUGGAGGAACUGAACAAAGAGAAAGAUGGCAUGAUUUUGGAGAAAGAGGCUGCCAUGAGAAGCAUUGAAGAGAGUGAGAAGAUCGGAGAAGCUUUGAAGCUGGAAUAUGAGACAGCUUUGAUCAAGAUUCAAGAAGAAGAGGAGGUCAUCAGAAAUUUGAAGCUCAAAGUUGAAAGCUCAGACGCUAGUAAAGCACGACUUUUGGCUGAGAAUGGAGAACUGAAGCAAAAACUAGAUUCUGCUGGCGUGAUAGAAGCAGAACUGAAUCAAAGACUGGAGGAACUGAACAAAGAGAAAGAUGGCAUGAUUUUGGAGAAAGAGGCUGCCAUGAGAAGCAUUGAAGAGAGUGAGAAGAUUGGAGAAGACUUAAGAAUCUUGACUGAUCAGCUGCAAGAAGAAAAAGCUACCACAGGGCAAGAACUAGAAGCUCUUAAAGCGGAACUUUCUAUCAUGAAGCAGCAGCUGGAAUCUGCAGAACAUCAAGUUGCAGAAUUUACCCAUAAUCUGAGUGUCACCAAGAAGGAGAAUGAUUCUCUUACCUUGAAAUUAUCUGAAAUCUCAAAUAAGAUGGAGCAGGCACAAAACACAAUCGAUGGACUCGUAGGUGAAUCGAGUCACUUAAAGGAUAAAUUGGGUGACAGGGAAAGGGAGUAUUCAUCUCUUGCAGAGAUGCACGAGACACAUGGGAAUGAAUCAUCAACUAGGAUAAAUGGAUUAGAGGUGCAAGUAAGAGGUCUGGAGCUGGAGCUGGAAUCAUUGCAAGCCCAGAAUAGAGAUCUUGAGGUGCAGAUUGAAAGCAAGGUGGCUGAAGGAAAGCAACUGGGAGAACAGAAUCAGGGAUUAGAAGCCCGGAUUUUGGAACUUGAAAUGAUGUCAAAAGUGAAAGGGGAUGAACUUUCUGCUCUCAUGAAUAAACUCAAGGAAAAUUAUAAUGAAUCAUUCUCUAGAACAGAGAGUUUGACAGUGCAGGUCGAUACUCUGCUAGCAGACUUCAAAUCUAUUCGUGCCCAGAAAGCAGAAUUGGAGGAACAGAUGGUAAGUAGAGGUAAUGAAGCAUCGACUCGAGUUGAGGGGCUUAUUGAUCAGGUCAAUGAGUUACAACAACAACUGGAGGCUCUACGCAGCCAGAAAGUUGAACUUGAAGUGCAACUCGAGAAUAAAACUCUAGAAAUUUCAGAAUAUCGAAUUCUGAUAGAAAAUCUGAAAGAGGAGAUAGUAAGCAAGACUGAAGAUCAACAAAGAGUCCUGGCAGAAAAAGAAAGUUGCUCAGCACAAAUCAAUGAUCUGGAACUAGAGGUGGAGACUCUAUGCAACCAGAAAACUGAUCUUGGGGAGCAAAUAAGUACUGAAACCAAGGAAAGGGAGCGAUUGGGAGAGGAAAUGGUGAGAUUACAAGAAAAGAUCCUUGAAAUGGAAAAAACACAAACAGAGAGAGAGUUCGAGUUAUCUGCCCUCCAGGAGAGACAUACAAAUGGGGAGAUUGAAGCUUCUGCUCGGAUAAUGGCUCUAACGGAACAGGUCAACAAUCUGCGUCAGGAAUUGGAUUCUUUGCAGACUGAGAAAAACCAAAUGCAAUUGCAGCUUGAAAAAGAGAAGGAAGAAUUUUCAGAAAACCUAACCGAAAUGGAAAAUCAGAAAUCUGAGCUCGUGAGCCAGAUUGCAGAGCAACGGAGAAUGCUGGAUGAACAGGAGGAGGCACACAAAAAGCUAAAUGAGGAGCAUAAGCAAGUUGAAGGCUGGUUUCAGGAGUGCAAGUUGAAUCUUGCAGUAGCAGAAAGGAAAGUUCAAGACAUGGCAGAAGAAUUCCAAAAGCAUUUGGGUUCUAGAGAUCAGAUGGUAGAGCAGUUGGAAGAAAUGAUUGAGGACCUGAAAAGAGAUCUUGAAGUAAAAGGAGAUGAAAUCAACACCUUGGUAGAGAAUGUGCGAAAUAUAGAAGUUAAGCUCCGGCUGUCAAACCAGAAGCUCCGUGUCACAGAACAAUUACUAACAGAGAAUGAAGACACCUUUAGAAAAGCGGAAGAGAAGUAUCAACAAGAGCAGAGAGUGCUUGAAGAAAGGGUUGCUGUAUUGUCUGGGAUAAUCACCGCAAAUAAUGAAGCUUAUCACAGUAUGGUUGCAGAUAUCUCAGAAAAAGUAAACAAUUCAUUGUUAGGACUGGAUGCUUUGACCAUGAAAUUUGAAGAAGAUUGCAACAGGUAUGAGAACUGUAUUUUGGUAGUUUCAAAGGAGAUUCUGAUUGCGAAGAAUUGGUUUGUGGACACAAAUAAUGAAAACGAAAAAUUGAGAAAGGAAGUAGGUAAUUUAGUUGUGCAGCUACAAGAUAUAAAAGAACGCGAAUCAGCAUUAAAGGAGAAGGUUGAGCAGUUAAAGGUCAAGGUGAGCAAGGAAGGAGUGGAGAAGGAGAAUUUGACCAAAGCUAUCAACCAACUGGAGAAAAAGGUGGUAGCAUUGGAGACGAUGAUGAAAGAAAAGGAAGAGGGGAUAUUAGACCUCGGAGAGGAGAAGAGGGAAGCAAUAAGGCAGCUAUGCAUAUGGAUUGAAUAUCACCAAAGUCGCUAUGAUUAUCUCAGGGAGAUGCUCUCAAAAAUGCCCAUUAGAGGCCAGAGGGCAUCUUAGGAUCCCUCCAUAAUAUUUCUCAUUACAGUAUAUUCAUUUGGGUUUUUCAUUGUGAUGGGUUGCUUUUCAUUUCUUAAUUAUUUUUUUUGAUUCAGAAAGUUUUGUUGAUAAGAAUAUCCUAUUGAUGAUUGUUUUUUAAAUAUUUGUUAGUAAAUGUCGAAGCUAGCUUGCACGAGAUUCAUCAGUUACAUUAUACAGAAUUUA